AAGAUGUAGGGGAAUCAUGACAAGGUUGUUUGGGAACCUCUUGGCGCUGCAGCACGUCGCGUUCGCGUUGAUAUCCAUUUUCUGUUAAAGUCUCGUGUUGAGUAGAAGCGACACACGGAAACAAGCCGCUAAAUCAAGCUGUAUCACCACGUGGAAUAAUACAUCAUGGCGAAAUCGAAAGCUAAUGGUACUGUGGCUGCAGUGAAGCCCAACCCAGCAGAUAAAUUCAAGAAGGGCAAGAAGGGUGCUGUGGUGGCCAAGGCCCCUGCUGCUCCUUCAACUCCUAAAGCAAUUCUUAACGCCAAACCGAAGGGCAAGAAGGGCGCUAAUAUUAAGGCAAAGCAACCAUCUUCAGAGGAAGAUAGUGAUGAUGAUGAUGAGGACGAAGAGGAUUCUGAGGAGGAACAGACCGCCAAUGGAAAUGGAAAGGCCAAGGAAGUUGAAAGUGAAGAUGAUGACGAUGACGAUGAUGAGGAGGAGGAGGUACCAGUAGCCAAAACAAAAGCUGCGCCUAAAAGUGCCAAAGCUAAGGAAGAAAGUAGUGAUGAGGAUGAUGAUGAUGAUGAUGAGGAGGAGGAGGAGGAAGAAGAAGAAAAACCCGUCUCUAAAGUACCUGCUAAGGCUACCCCUAAAGCUGCUGCUAAGAAAGCAGAAUCAUCUGAAGAAGAAGAAUCAAGUGAGGAGGAGGAGGAUGAUGAGGAAGAGAAACCUAAGGGUGAAUCACCCAGAAAAGCUAGCCCACCAUGCACAGAAGACUUCCUACAAGAAGAACCCGCGUUCAAACCCAGAGGAAGAGAUUCGUUUAAUAAUUCCGGUGCUAGCUCUUUCAGAAUAUUCGUUGGCUACAUUCCUGAUGCUCCCAAUCAUGACGCUCUCAUGAAUCACUUAGGAGUCAAUGAAAAUGAGCUAAAUGACAUGCACAUCAUGAAGCCACGCUUUGAUGAAGCUCCCCGGCCAAAGGGCUACUGCCACAUGGAAGUAGCGGAUGAGCAAACCUUCAAGGCUGUUUUGGAGAAGAACGACACCGUGUUUGAAGGCUGCAAGCUUGUCGUGGAAGCUGCAAGACCACGCGAAAGCGGCGGCGGUGGCCGUGGAGGUGGUUUCGGUGGCCGUGGAGGCGGUGGUGGAUUUGGAGGCCGAGGUGGUGGAAGAGGUCGCGGUGGAUUCGGUGGCGGCAGAGGUCGUGGUGGAUUCGGAGACCGAGGAGGACGUGGUGGAUUUGGAGAUCGCGGACGUGGUGGCCGCGGAGGUGGUUUCCGAGGCGGUGACCGCGGAGGGCGAGGAGGCUUCAGGAAAAGCUUUGACGGAGAAGGUGGACCUCAAAAUAAGAAAAUGAAAUUCGAUGAUUAAUCUGAUUAAGCAUUUAAAAUAAACAACUAUAUUCCUAGCUCUGAACGAAA